AUGGUUAACACUGAUGUAAUCAGAACCGUUGUUGGAAUAAUUGGAAAUGUCAUCUCUUUUGGUUUAUUCAUGUCACCUGUGCCUACAUUUAUAAAAAUAUGGAAGGCAAAAUCAGUGCAAGAUUUCAAGCCAGAUCCUUAUGUGAUCACAAUUCUGAAUUGUGCAAUGUGGUCAUUCUAUGGAAUGCCCUUUGUGAGUAAAAAUAACAUUCUAGUCCUCACAAUUAAUGGCAUUGGCUUCUUCAUUGAGAUCCUCUACACUCUCAUCUUCUUAGUGUACUCAACCUGGAGUAAGCGUAGGAAGAUCUUGAUGUUCCUGCUGGGUGAAGUCAUCUUUCUUGUGAUAGUGGUAUUUUGUACCAUGUACCUUGUUCACUCCCUCAAGCAAAGAAAGUUAAUUGUUGGAAUUAUAUGCAUAGUCUUCAACAUCCUUAUGUACUUCUCACCCCUCACUGUCAUGCGACAAGUAAUUCGAACGAAGAGCGUGAAGUACAUGCCUUUCUUGCUUUCACUCACCAACUUCGUCAAUGGAGUCGUUUGGACAACAUAUGCGUGCCUAAAAUGGGAUCCAAAUGUUGCGAUUCCCAAUGGCUUAGGAGCACUUUCAGGGUUGGCGCAACUCAUCCUCUAUGCCGUUUACUACCGAACAACCAACUGGGACGAAGGGACACCAGCUCGUGUCAGCGUAUGAUCUUUGCUUGAAUUGUUAGAAAAACAAAGGAAGUGAUAAAGGAGAAUGAAGUUACUCAACAAUGACAAUGGAGGAGGUCUCUAAGGAAUAUUCAGCAAUUAGUAACUCAUUUUUAUGAUUGUUGAUAUCAUGGCAUUAAUGUCUUGUGGAAUUACUUGAGAUAUU